AUGUUCAACAUGUCAUCGAUGUUCCAAGGACUCAAAGGAAAAAGAAAAGGAAAAAUAUGGCAGCUAUUCCGCGCUACGGAUUUAGAAUCGUUGAUGUAUCCCUGCUUCAUGUUUUGCCGCAUUCUGGGAAUAUUUCCAUACAAGAUCAACGCUUCGACCAUCAAGACUUGCAAACCACGCUAUAUUCUUUCAACUAUCAUUAUCGGUGUUUUUUGCAUCUUUGAAUUACUAAAUCUCUAUGAUCUCAAUAUUUCUAAAAAUGGUUUAAAUAAAGACGUUGUGACAACCAAGAUACUUCAACAUAACUGUUUCUCCAUUAUUGGUGUUUUUAUGGCAGUCACCGCAUUCAUUCUGAGUGGACCACGAAUGCGUUUUUUUGAGACCUUGUUGGAGCUCUCUUUGAAAUUACCUUCGGAAUCAUAUAAGAAAUUAUCUAGGCUGAUCCAUGCCAAGGACAUUCUAGGAUUCUUCUUUCUAGUCGUGCUAUUGCUGAUGUGUAUAAUCACAGUGCCGUAUAGUGUCUGGCGCCAGAUUCUUAUAUCGUACAUUCACUUGCUGAUGUUUCAGAUGGAUAUGCUAUAUAUGAAUUGUGUUUGCAUAUUAAAAGCUUGUUUCAAGCAAAUCAACGACAAUCUGGUGAAUCUGCGAAAAGUCAUGACGAAUGGUGAGCCAUAUCUCUUGAGCGGCACCAAUCACGGGCAAAGAAUUCCAUUUCUACUGAUGGAGAUUAUAGCUUUGAAAAAGCAGCAUCUGGCAAUCAGCGACGCAGUAUACAUGCUAAAAAUGGUCUUCAGUUUGCAUCUUCUUUCCACGAUACUUAUGAUUUUCACUCAAAUCAUCUUCAAUCUGUACUUUUACUUAAUGCAAAUACAGCUGGGCGGUCAGGGUUUACAUAUGAGCCAUCUGAGCAAUGAAGAACGCCAGCUUUAUCUUAAGGCCUGUAUUACAGCUGUAGCAAUAUACUUUGUAGAAUUGGUGUUGAUAGUGUGGGCCUGCGAAACCGGCAAGAAUCAAGCCAUGGAAAUCAGUAGCACCGUUCACGACGUGUGCAAUAGUGCCAGCAAUAAGCAAAUAAAAUAUGAGAUGCGACUAUUUUCCUUGCAAUUAUCACAUUGUGAAAAUACGUUCUCUGCAAAGGGGCUUACUGUGGAUGCUACGCUCCUCACUGAGAUAGCAGGUGCCAUUAUCACCUAUGUAUUGGUCUUGAUACAAUUCCUGUUCAUUUCGAGUUCUUGCGGCGGAAAGACUUUAAAGGAUACGCUCUAG